UUAAAGUUCCCGGCAAAAGGAGAAAGAAAACAAAACGAAAAAAAGCUAGCCAUGGAAGAGUUCUUUCAAUUUUCUUGGUUUGAUAAUGAUGAAGCUAAUUUUGUGGUGAACCAAAGUGCUUUUGUGAGUUUUAGAGAACAACCAAUUGAAGGAUUUGGAGUUUUUGGCUAUGGAAGUAAUGUAUCGGCGAAUCAUCAGAACAUGAACAAGAGGAUGAUGGAGUUCUUGAAGAAGAAUUGCAGUCCCAAAAAUGGAGAAAUGAAAAUGGAAAGAGAGAAAGGUCAGAAACACAUGAUUAAAGAGAGGAUUAGAAGAGAAAAGCAGAAGCAGAGUUAUUUGGCCUUGCAUAAAUUGCUUCCUAUGGGAACUAAGGGUGAGAAGAAUGCAAUAGUCCAAACAGCAACACAGAGAAUUCAAGAGCUGCAAAAAUACAAGGAAAAUUUAAAGAAGAGAAAUGAUGAACUUCAAAUGAUUUUAGCAGAAAGUGAAAAGGAGGAAUUUGAGAAGGCUAAUAUCAAAGCAAAAGUUAGUUAUCCAAUUUCUGGUGUAGAUUCAAUGCUCGAAGUUCUCAAGUGCUUGAAGAAUUGUGGAACCAAAGCAAAUGCCAUACAAUCAAGUUUUUCUCAGCAAGAAUUCUCCACUAUGAUUGAAAUAGAAACUAAGAGUGGAGCAGCAGAACUGGAAAAAGUAGUGCAAAAUACUCUACUUGAAGCUGAAAGGAACUUUCGUGCCCAUUGGCAGCCAAUGACCAUGUAAUUUUAAGCCAUAGAAUGAUGCCACUUGUGUUCUCAA